GUUUUGAAAGAAUUAGUUUACACAGUUAUCUAACUUCUUAGGGAGACUAGGAUUAUACGUAUUAUAUUCUGACCAAUUUGGGUUAUAGUCCACUUUACGUAAAGAUAAAUAUCUUGUUCCUGAAUCAUGGCCGAGAAACUGAAACCGGUUAACGAAGACGACUUGAGGCAGUUGAAGGAACGAAUGAAUAUAAUAGUUAGCGCUGACCCGGCACAGUACCACAACGAUUACUCUCUACGACGGUAUCUUCGUGCCUUUAGAACUGUCGAUAACGCUUUCCAGGCAAUAAUAAAAACUAACAAAUGGCGUGCAGAAUAUGGUGUGACUGAAUUACACAAGGAUGCAGAACUAAUAGAGAAGUAUUCAAACAAAGCUAGAGUUCUAAAGCACCGGGACAUCACGGGGCGGCCCAUUGUCUACAUUCCGGCGAAGAACCACAGCUCCAAUGACCGCAACAUUGAUGAACUCACCAAAUUUAUUGUUUACUGUUUGGAAGAUGCCAGUAAAAGAUGUUUUGAGGAAGUAAUAGACAAUCUAUGCAUAGUGUUUGACCUGAAUGGAUUCACCCUGUCUUGCAUGGAUUACCAAGUUCUAAAGAACCUGAUUUGGCUGCUAAGUAGACAUUAUCCGGAGAGACUCGGGGUUUGUCUCAUCAUCAAUGCACCCACAUUAUUUUCAGGGUGCUGGGCAGUUAUAAAAGGAUGGUUGGAUGACAACACCUCAAGCAAAGUAACAUUUGUUAACUCGGAGAUGGAUCUCUGUAAAUAUUUGAUACCAGACAUCUUGCCAACUGACGCCUAACGGAUAGUUAGAUGGUAUCAACACCAUCCCUUUUGAUAAUAUUAUUCAAAUAACGACAAGGCACAUACAGGACAUGGUACAUACAUGAAUUAAGGUAAAGGUAGAUUUAUGUUUGAACUGUAGCUUUAAUCGAAAAUAUUUGGAUCAUAAUGGUUACACUCACUAUUAUUUUUAUUCGCGUUUGGCGACACGUUUCGGACUCUUCGGGAGUCCUUCCUCAGGCGCUCGUGCCCGCGGCGGCUGUACUCCGUGCACUGCCCGCGUCGCCCGCCUCGACGCUCGUUGCGCGCGCGCUGAUGGGGCGGGGGCGGGGGGCGCGGGGCAGUCUGCAGCUGGAGUCGUGAAGUG